AUGUCAUCAAUCACACUUCCAUUGUUUUUGUUCACAAUUGGAUUAUUGAUUUGUGCACCAACUGUGGCGGCUGAUGGAGAUGAUUUGUUGGAUUAUAUCAAAUCGAUUGAACCAUUGACUAUCAAGUUAGUUAGGAGGGCCCUCCGAGGGGGGUUGACUGUAAAUAUUAGUUCGAACACCGGAAAUCAAGGCACAAAAUUUUUGAUAAGACAUUUUCCAGUCUAUGAAAUUAUAGGUUCAAAAAAUAUUUUCGAAUGCAUUAAUUGUUAAAUUUUCUCUGCUUAACAAAAUUAGGAUAUUCUGAACUUUUUGUAAAGCUCUAUCAAAGUCAAAAAAUAAAAAUUCUUCCAGAAAAAAUUUAAAUUCAGAUUCUGAAUGUCUUGGAAUGAUGUUAAACUAUUUCAUAACAGACUCCCCUUCAGAAUCAGUUGAAAAUAUUUUUUCUUCAACAAAUGAUGAUUUCAAUGUCAUUCAAUUUCGAAAAGGCCGUCAUUGUCUGAAUUUCACAAAUAGGAAUUUCGAAACUGUAGUAAAAUCACCACACAACAUAUUUUUUUUCAGACGAAGUGCUCUCGCUUGCCCAGCUCCAAUUGUUGGAUCAACUUGCCCAGAAGAGAAUGCUGUUUGGUAUUUCAAAUGUUGUGGAAGUCUUGCAUCUGAUUGCUGUUUCAGACUUCAGGUAUUCAAUAAUUUUUUUAAAAAUCAAUUUCAAAAUUAAAAUAAUUCAAUUUAAUUUCAGGAUUGGGUAACUGUCCUUCUCCUCGUUCUGGCAAUUUUCACAAUUUUGUCAAUCAUUGUCAACGUCAUUCGAUGUGUCUGCUGUGUUUAA